AUAUAAUAUAUAUAUAUAAAUCUUGCGAUAAAGUCACUGAAAGCUUCAAAGUGACAACGACAACACGAUGCUUGAGGUUGUUUACUUUACGUCCGUGGUUCUCUGUGUGUUAGGAAGUGAUGCACCUUGCCUCAACGACGGGGGCACCUGUCAGUACGACCACUUGCCCUGUCCUGGGGGAUACGUGUCUGGUCUCUGUUCCGGGGCGUCCAAUCGCCGAUGUUGUCAAUCUUCAGGAAGUGACGCACCGUGCCUCAAUACCGGGGGCACCUGUCAGUACGACCAUCUGUCCUGUCCCGGGGGAUACGUGUCCGGCCUCUGUUCCGGGGCCUCAAAUCGUCGAUGUUGUCAAGGAGAUGAUUCCGCAUGUCUUGAUGAGGGAGGUACUUGCCAGGACGAUAGUUUGUCCUGUUCCGGGGAAUACGUAUCCGGACUAUGUUCCGGGGCAUCCAAUCGGCGAUGUUGUAUAGAAGACUCAGCAUGUCGUGCCAGAGACGGCACAUGUCAGGACGACAGUUUGUCCUGUCCUGGAGAAUAUUUGUCCGGUCUAUGCUCCGGCGCAUCCAACCGGCGAUGUUGUAUAGGAGCGGAUAGUGGUAUGUGCUCUAACGUGAAAGUCUACUCCCGCGCCACCUGGGGGGCAAGGGACCCCACCAGUGUGUCCGCCAUCUCCACCCCCGUGGACCUCUUCUUCAUUCAUCACACAACAGGAAGUCGCUGCUAUGACUUUUCUACAUGCGCAGCAAAAGUGCGCAACACUCAAAACUAUCACAUGAACACUAAAGGUUGGUCAGACAUAGGAUACAGUUUCCUUGUGGGUGAGGAUGGCGCAGUCUAUGAGGGUCGCGGCUGGAACAACGUUGGAGCCCACACCUCUGGUUACAAUAGUCAGUCCUUUGCCGCGGCUGUGAUGGGAAACUUUAUGACCACGAAACCGAAUACCGCGGCUUUAAACGCAGUGAAGAACCUGAUCCAGUGCGGCGUGAACCUUGGCCACAUCACCUCCAACUACAGACUGUACGGUCAUCGUGAUGUCAGUAGCAGCUCCUGCCCCGGGGAUGCUCUCUAUAACGAAAUCAAAACGUGGCCGCAUUACAGUACUGCUGCACCGUAAUGCUACAUGUAUAUAUAUGUCCUACACACAGGAAAUGUUAUUGAACAAUUAAAAAACAUUAUAAAGUCA